AAUGCCGGAAGCUAGAGCGGAUGUGAUGUAAUUGCCACCAGAACGAAGAGGCAUGGUUUCACGGAGGUGACCUACAAUUUGAAACAGUAAUGUAACAAGGCUUGCGAAUCUUGCAAUAGCAUACUGUAUGUCAUUGGUGUGGCUGUUAUUUAGCUUUGCAACGUAGCCAAACCGUAUCUUCUAACAGUUAGAAUUCCGUUUGAAUACCCACGCUACUGAGAGCAACGUUUGAAAUGGCAGAGGCGCAUCAAGCUCGUGUACAGAAAACCAUAGAGGAUAUGGUUCAAAGUUUAGAACGGGACCACAUCCGCAAGAUGCAAGGACUCAUGUUCAAGUGCAGUGCAGAGUGCUGUGAGCGCUCCACAGACUCCAUGUCGCAGGUGCACAAUUGUAUUGAACGCUGCCACGCUCCUCUGGCGCAGGCCCAAGGACUAGUGACCAAUGAACUAGAGAAGUUUCAGGACCGGCUGACCAGGUGUACCAUGCAUUGCAAUGACAAGGCCAGGGACCUGUUUGACUCUGGUGCCAAGGAGCCAGCCGUGCGGGCCAUGAUGGAGAACUGCGUGGGAAGCUGUGUGGACGACCACAUCAACCUGAUCCCCAGCAUGACGCACAGACUCAAAGAGAACCUGGACUCUAUUCCACAGUGAGGAGGGAACAGCUUACUUCAUAUGCAUGAGACAGGUUGGACUCUAUACUACAGUGACUGUCAUCUGACUCAAAUAACACAGAGGAAGUAUAAACAGCAGACUCAAAGAUGGCUCGUUAUUAUCACAGUGAAAAAGAGGGAGUUAUAAAUGGCAGAUCCAAUACCUCAGUGAGGGAAAGGGACAGCUUGCAGGAAUGAGAUUUGGGUCCUGGUAAAAGGUUAAUCAGGUCCAUGCUGUCGGAGAGGGUGGGGGAUAUAGCUCAGCUCAGAGUCUGAAGAAACUACACAUCCCCUGCAAACUGACUCUGUGUCUUUGUAGCACUUACUGUUUAUUGGUUGAACCUACAGGCCAGCUGAACUUACUCAGCAUAACUGUCUAACAUCAAAAAGACCUGUGUCUGUGAACUGUGUGUAAAGGUAUUUAUUACAUGUCCUGAUAGCCUAGCUGUUGUAUUAUUGGAGUCUGUAUUCUGCCUCGGUGCUCUAAAUAUUUGCAACCUGUUCCUCUCUCCUCUAGCAUGAUCUCUGUGCUGUUUGUUUUGUGGGAACCAUGCAUGUUCUGUGACUCUUUCCCUCAUCACUAUCAGUUUUUAUAUAAAAAUGAAAGCAAAUGGUGAAAACGGAUGGAAUUGCAUUUUUAUUGCCUUUUUAGCCUGAAUUUUCCUUUAUCUAGCUGUGUCUUCUGGCAAUUCAUCAGAACUUUUUCACUAGAGUUGAACUUGAUAGUAAUGCACCAAACACCUUAUUAACAUCCAGCUUUUGAAAAUGCAGGUUUUAAUAACGAUAAGCAUGGUGGAAUAAUCUCUGUAUAAUGUACAAAUGGAUGCACAGACACCAAUGGUAAAAAAAAUAAUGAAUUGACAGUAAAUCUGUGAGGCUAUUACAGCAUAUCAUGAAUGACUGCAAAGACGAGUAGCCUAGUAGUUAGAGCAUUGGGCCAGUAACUGAAAGGUUGGAGGAUCGAAUCCCCGAGCUGACAAGGUAAAAAUCUGUUCUGCCCCUGGAUAAGGCAGUUAACCCACUGUUCCUAGGCAGUCAUUGUAAAUUAGAAUUUGUUUGUAACUGACUUGACUGGUUAAAAAAAAGACAAGUGUAAAGGUAAGCCUUCACUGUAGAUCAUUACAAUACUGCUAUGCCAAAAUAAAUAUAUUUGUCAAACUCACUUUACAAUAUAUUAUGGCAUGUUUAUUACAAUUAUAUCCAAAAUUUAGAUUAAACCUAUGGUUUGAAAAAAACAAUUGCCCCUUCUACCCCCCCCCCCCCUAAACAUUUUUAUCAACUGAGGAUGCUUUUACAUUCACCCUCCUGGCGACCAGAGAAAACCAUCCCCUUCCUGUGGGCCUGAAAGCAAACAAUGUAAAAAAAAAAGUCAAGUCAAAAGACACAUCUCAAUAUCAACUGUUCGAAUUGCUGCACAAACCACUAAAUGACACCAAUGAGAAGAAGAGACUUGAUCGGGCCAAGAAACACGAGCAAUGGACAUUAGACGGGUGGAAAUCUGUCCUUUGGUCUGAUGAGUCCACAUUUGAGAUUUUUGGUUCCAACCGCUGUGUCUUUGUGAGAUGUAGAGUGGGUGAACAGAUGAUCUCCACACAUGGUUCCCACAGUGAAGCACGGAGGAGGAAGUGUGAUGGUGUUGUGAUUUAUUUAGAAUUCAAGGCACACUUCACCAGCAUGGCUACCACAGCAUUCUGCAGUGAUACGCCAUCCCAUCUGGUUUGCACUUAGUGGGACUAUAAUUUGUUUUUCAACAGGACAAUGACCCAACGCACCUCCAGGAGGUGUAAGGGCUAUUUGACCAAGAAGGAGAGUGAUGGAGUGCUGCAUCAGAUAACCUGGCCUCCACAAUCACCCUACCUCAACCCAAUUGAGAUGGUUUGGGAUGAGUUGGACUGCAGAGUGAUGGAAAAGCAGCCAACAAGUGCUCAGCAUAUGUGGGAACUCCUUCAAGACUGUUGGAAAAGCCUUCCUCAUGGUUGAGAGAAUGCAAAGUGGGAAAAGCUGUAAUCAAUGCAAAGGGUGGCUACUUUGAAGAAUCUCAAACAUAAAAUAUAUUUUGAUGUAACUUUUUUUUGUUAUUUCAUAGUUUUGAUGUCUUCACUGUUAUUCUACAAUGUAUAAAAUAGUAAAAAUAAAGAAAAACCCUUGAAUGA